AUGGCGGCGGGAGAUGAUACCACACCGACCGAAACACCGACCGUCACCGUUGCUCAGCUGGAGGCUCUCACAGCUCAGAUGAAGCAGAACGAAGAACGACUUGCGCAAAUCCAGGCGGAGAACGCAACCCUACGAGCAGAAAACGCGUCAUUGGUUCAGGCUCGCAAUAGAUAUCGAGCACCGGUUCCUCCUAUGCAAUCGUUCGACACUCCACCACUUACGGGUGCAACAGGAGCAGCCCUAGGACAGGAGCUACCGACGCUGCGCAAGCGAUUGGAGGCUAUGGAGCUCUUGCUCGCGCGACUUCCAGGAGUAGCUCCUCCAAUCACCAAAAGUGCUCCUAAUUGCUAUGCAGACACUCCCUUCACGGAUGCCAUCGCGUUGGUUGAGAUGCCAAAGAAGUUCAUCGUCCCUUCAAUGAAGAUGUACGACGGGACGACCGACCCUGAUAAUCAUAUAGCCAGUACAAGCAACGCAUGUUCACAACGGCAAUAG